AGCAACUGUUAGCUCCUGGUUGAGUUCAGACUAGUCCAAGGUGAAGUUUACGUGCAACCGUCUCCUGUCUCGCUUCUUUUUUUCUGACGUUGAAGAUUAAAGAGGAAGAUUUGGUUAUCCUGAGCUGUUUCAGUUCUUUUGAUUUUUUAAAAAUAUAUAUCUAUAUCUACCGAGGCCGAUGAUAGAGCGACGGACUCUUGAACCCCUGGGCAGCUAACCAAGCUGGACUUCUGCAGAGUUGUUACCACAACUUCUUGUCUACAGAAAAGAAAAUCCAGCUAUGGGCACCGUAUAGCUGGAUUUUGAAGAUUUUUUUUCCCCCCUUCUUCCUGAUGUGGUUUGAACCAACUCUACAAUCCCUGCAGAAUUACUCCUCGGCUGCUCCAGGCCUUUAAGCUCUUCUCUGCGCUUUUCCCAAAAUCUCAACAUCCGCCGUUGAGGAAACAUUUUGAGGAAACCUCAGGACAAGUGAAACCAUCCGAGGUCAAAGGAGGAGGAGGAAGAGGAGGAGGAGGGGACAGCCGCCACAAGCUGCAAUUGUUGGGAAGAAGCAUGGGGUGUAAACCAAAUUGUGGCUUGCUGACAGUCGCAACCGUUGGGGCAGUGCUCGCCAUCUUUGGAGGAAUCCUGAUCCCAGUUGGAAAUUACUUCGUUGACCAAAAAAUAAAAAAGGAAGUUGUCAUCGAAAAUGGUACAAUUGCUUACGAGAACUGGAUUAUUCCGGGAAGUCCCAUUUUCCGACAGUUUUGGGUUUUUGAUGUCCAGAACCCAGAGGAGGUGAUGGAGAACGGUUCGGCUCCGAUACUUAAGCAGAAAGGACCGUACACUUACAAGAUGCGCUAUAUUCCCAAAGAAAACAUCACUAAACAUGAAGAUGCCACUCUGUCUUACCUCCAGCCGAAUAUCGUCCUUUUUCAACCUCAUAUGUCGGUUGGGCCGGAAAACGACACUUUCACGACCGUCAAUCUUGCUAUCGUGGCUGCACCGGCGUUGUAUAAAAGCGAAUUUCUUCAAACCUUGAUGAAUAUCUGGAUGAAAUCGUCAAAAUCAAAUUUCCUCCAAACUAGGACUGUGAAAGAAAUACUUUGGGGCUAUGAAGAUCCUUUCUUGAAAAAAAUCCCCAUUGUAAAAAUGGAUACAGUUGUUGGAGUGUUCUACCCUUACAAUGAAACCUUUGAUGGCCCUUACCGGAUUUAUAGUGGCAAAAAUGAUAUAAACAAGAAAGGAACGAUCAUCACUUUUAAUAAUAGCAGGACCCUCCAAUAUCGGACAAGUUAUUGUAGCAUGGUGAACGGCACUGAUGCGACGUCGUUCCACCCUUUUGUCAAAAAGAGCGAACAGCUCUAUUUCUUUUCCUCGGAUGUGUGCAGGUCCACCUUUGCAAGAUUCAAUCGGGAUCUGACCGUGAAGGACAUCCCACUCUAUCGCUUCAGUAUCCCUGGUUCAAUUUUGGCUUCCCCUGCCACCAAUCCCGACAAUACGUGUUUCUGCUCCGAUCGGGAGGCAACCAAUAACUGCACCUUGAAAGGGUUCCUGGAUAUCACCAGCUGCAAAAAAGGGAAGCCAGUCCACAUCUCGUUGCCUCAUUUCCUGCACGCAAGUCCGAGCGUAUUUAAAUAUGUGAAGGGGAUGCAGCCCAACGCCGAAGAGCAUACCACCUUUCUGGACGUGGAACCGAUUACGGGAUUUACCUUGGCCUUUGCCAAAAGGCUGCAGGUGAAUUUAUUGGUGAAACCCAAUCUAAAAAUCACCGCGCUAAAAAACGUCAAACAUCUCUUUUACUUUCCUAUUUUGUGGCUGAAUGAGACGGCUAUUAUCAGUGAUGAGAAAGCAGAAUUUUUCCGAUCGAAAGUGACCAACAAGAUCAAGUUGCUGAUCCUCCUCCAAUUGGCGCUAAUGAUCGUCGGGUCUCUGACCUUUCUGGGAUUCCUAUUCGCUUUUUUCAUUUGCAAAGGGAAGAACCCAAAAUGACUCAAGUCAGGUUUAGAAUUUAAGCUCUCUCAAUUCAUUUGUUCGGAAAGACUCUCGGUUCCACCGGAUUCUGGGUUCCGUGGUGGGGCCCUAAAAAUUGUGCGUAGCGAGAAAAGAGGAAAAGAAUGGCAAACUUUCAAGCUAAUGGAUAAUAAUAUUCUAUGUGAUAUUAUAUUACAUAUUAUCUGUGUGAUGAUAUUCACACCCAACCAGAUUUUCAAAGUUUGCGAGUGACGCGGAACUCUGGAAAGAUUGCUGUCAUGCAGGGCAGUUUUGUUUUUAACGGUGUGUUUGUAAGUGCGACUCGCACUUAGCAACGGGACAUCCUGUAUUUUCCAUAUGGCCCCAACCCUUUUCAGAAUCCUGAAUUGGGACGUUUGCUCUCCCACGUGCUCUUCGCUGAAUUUAGGGGGUUUUAACGAGGGAGACUCCAGCCAGGUGUUUUACUAAGUGGGUAGAUACUCGUUUCGCUAUUUUAUUGUCAUUUUUGGAGGGGUUUUUUUUUUUUUUUGGAAACUGCAUUUGUUGUUAAAUUGUGAGCCCCUCCUCCCCCCGGAGUUGGUUUUGAAAUCAAGUGGCAUAUAAGUCAAAUAACAUUGCAAACACCAGUCCCUGUUCAUGAACAGAGAAAGGAAAGAGAUACCUAAAUAAUGGGUUAGACUAGAAGAUCUUCAAGGUCCCUUCCAGCUCUGUUUUCUAUUCUAUUCUAUUCUAUUCUAUUCUAUUCUAUUCUAUUCUAUUCUAUUCUAUUCUAUUCUGUUUCUUAUUCUGUUCUAUUCUAUUCUGUUCUAUUCUGUUGUAGUCUAUUCCUUAUUCUAUUCUAUUCUGUUCUGUUCUGUUCUGUUCUGUUCUGUUCCAUUCUAUUCUAUUCUACAUUCUACAUUCUAUAUUCUAUUCUCAAAGUAACAGUAACAAGAGUUGGAAGGGACCUUGGAGGCCAUCUAGUCCAAACCCCUGCUCACGCAGGAAACCUAUUCUAUUCUAUUAUUUUGAAUUCUAUUAUAUUCUUAUUUUCUAUAUUUAUCUAUUUUCUAUAUUCUAUUCUAAUACUAUUUUCUAUAUUAUUCUAUUCUAUUCUAUUAUUAUUUUUUAUAUUCUAUAUUUUUAUUCUAUUAUUAUUUUCUAUAUUCUCUUCUCUUCUCUUCUCUAUAUUCUAUUCCUAUUCUAUAUUAUUCUAUUUUCUAUAUUCUAUUCUAUUACUAUUUUCUAUAUUAUUCUAUACUAUUCUAUCUAUUCAGGUGUCUUUUUUCUAUUUUGUCUAUUCUACACAGUAUCUUUUUUCAAAAAUUAACCCUAUCAUCCAAAAAUAACAACACCUUUUGUUAUUUUUAUGAUAACCACGGAAUCAUAGUGUAUAAAAAU